AUGGCCCUGUUCACCGACGUCACCGAGACGGACUUUAUGCGGAACAUGCUCACCAACGUGCUGAGCGUCUUCCUCGCCGCCAAGCACGCCGCGCCGGCGAUGCAGCUGACGUCGUCGGCCAAACCCACGGCCGGCGGCUCCAUCAUCGGCACGGCCUCGGUCGCCGGCAUCCGCUCCAACGCCGGCACGACGCCCUACUCGGCCGCCAAGGCCGCCGUCAUCUCGCUGGCGCAGACGACGGCCUACCAGCUCGCCGGCACCGGCGUCCGCGUCAACGCCAUCUGCCCGGGCCUCAUCGAGACGGGCAUGACGGCCGACGUGUACGAGGCGGCCCGCGCGCGGGGCACCGAGAAGCGCAUCGGCCAGCUGAACCCGCUCAAGCGCGGCGGCCACGCCGACGAGAUUGCCCGCGUCGCGCUCUUCCUCGGCAGCGACGAGAGCAGCUACGUCAACGGCCAGGCGUGGGCCGUCGACGGCGGGCUCAGUGCGGGCCACCCCUACGUGCCGGGUCGCAUUGGUCUUUGUUUAUCGUCAUCAGUCCACGUCCAUGCCAUCCUGUGCCGUGCCCUCCGCCCGCUCGAUCCGUUGCAGGACGCCCUCCUUCCACAGGCUGUAGUCGAGGCGUCUGCCCUCGCUGAGGUACUCGUACCUGUCCUGGAACAUGGUGUCGGCGCGGCGUAUCGUCAGCUUCGUGAGCCGCGCGGCGUCUUCCUCGCCGCCGGCCUCGUGCGUGUCGGCGUCGUCUGCGUGCGCCUCGUCGAAGGCGCCGCUGGCAUAGAGGUCGCGGAUGCCGACGUACCAAUCCUCCUGUAA